AUGGCCACCCACCACGCCUCACAGGACAGCUUGCAAGCCGUCACUCGAGACGAGCCAAGCAUUAGCAAACAUGAGGAGCUCGAACAGCCAACUGCAGAGGAGAAUGAACAUUGUGCAAUAGGCAAGGGAGGUGCGCCAGUGAUGCGGUCAAAGGAGGACGACCUUUCUAUAUGGCAGACGGUGAGACGAUAUAAACUCGUCUCAAUCAUGGCAAUGGCUGCGGCGUUCAGUGCCGCAUUAGAUGGUUACCAGAUCAAUCUCAAUGGUGGGCUUGUCUCCAAUGAGGGAUUCAUCCGACAGAUGGCCAAACCUGGAACAACAGUCAUCGAAGGCCAGUAUGUCUCCGCUUGGAGUGGCCUUCAGUCUUCUGGUCAGGCGGUUGGCCAAAUUCUGCUUCAGUAUGUGACGGAAUCAUACGGCCGAAAAGUGGCAUUUUACAUCAUAUGGGUCGUCUUUGUAGUGAGCAUAUUUGUUGAGUCCUUUGCUACCCGAUGGGAUCACUGGCUUGUGGCGAAGCUCUUCUCUGGCAUGGGAGUCGGCAUGCUGCAAUCGACAUUGCCUGUCUAUCUAUCAGAGAUCGCUCCGACCCAGUUAAGAGGAUUCUUCAUUAAUGCGUACAGCUUUUGGUUCGUGGUGGGACAAAUAUUCGCCUCGGUGGCUCUCAACCAACUUCAUGCUAAAAAUCCCUUGGACUUUCGAACGCCCAUCUAUACACAGUGGGCUAUGGUCGGAGCAACAAUUAUUAUCUUUAUAAUCAUGCCCGAAACCCCGUGGUGGCUUGUUAGUAAAGGAAAGCUUGAUAAGGCCUCCAAGAUGCUUAGGACAUAUAACGGCCGCGUUGAGGGUUACGAUGUGUCCGAACAAAUUGAUAUCAUGAGUGCCACAGUCGUAGAGGAGCGCCGGAUUGCUGAGCGAGACUCGCAGGAAGGCAUGUGGGCUGUGUUCCAGGGCCGCAAUUUCAUCCGGUUCGUUAUUGCUGGAUGGCCAAAAAUGACCCAGCAGUUUGUCGGGCUGGCAGUGUUCAACACUAAUGCUACCUAUUUCUUUCAAUAUGCGGGUAAUAAAGACCCCUUCCUGGUCACCGUCAUCCUGUCCUGUGUCCAACUCCUUUCAAUGAUCAUGACGGCCAUGCUCACCGACCAAAUUGGUCGUCGACCACUCACCGUCUAUCCAUACGCGGUCACGACUCUAUCAGUGCUAUGCCUGGGAAUAAUCGGCUGCUUUGAUUACACUCAGAAGUCUACCAGCUCGCUUUUAGUCUUUUUCGCCUGUCUCGCUACAUUCUCGACCACCGGUGCCUCGUCAAUUGGUUACGCCUACGCUGCAGAAAUUCCCCAGCAACGCCUGCGCGCUCAGACGGCAGGCUUGUCUCUUGCAGCUUCCAAUUUGAUCGCGCUCAUGUUCAGCUUUUGCACGCCCCUGAUGAUCAACGGACCCCUCACCAAAUGGGGCGUCAAGACAGGAUUCUUCUUCGCGGGAACAGGUACAGUUGCUGUUAUCGUCGCAUGGUUUAUCCUUCCCGAGGUCACACGUCGGACACCUGCCGAGAUCGAUGAGAUGUUUGAGAAGAAGGUUAAUCUUCGCAAGUUCAAGCAUUAUGUUACUGACGUUCAGACCCAUGCUGCUGAGCAACACGAGAUGGAAGCACACACGCGUACAGUAUAG